AUGCGCUGUGUCCCUCGGACACAGCGGAUCACCGAUCACGGAAAGAGCCGAAGAUGUCAGAUUGGUCAUGUGAUCAGCUGUGUCCAAUCACAGCUGAUCACAUGGGACAUGUACACAGAUCAUCAGGGCACUGAUGAUCAGUGUGCCAUGAUGAUCAGUGUAGCCCGAGCAGUGCCAGCUGUCAGUGCUCAUCAGUGCCUCGUGCCAGUCCCCAUCAGUGCCACAUAUCAGUGCCUACCAGUGCACAUCAAUGCCACAUAGUGCCCAUCUGAGCUGCCUUUCAGUGUCACACAUCAGUGCCAGUCAGUGCCACCUAUCAAUGCCAAUCAGUGCCAGUCAGUGCACCGCCUCAGUGCCAGCCUGCCGCCUAUCAGUG